AUGGCUGAGUGGAAGAAAUUGAGAGUUUUGGGAGAAGGUUCAUAUGGCACAGUGUAUCUGGUACUUCUACGUUCUAUAGAAGAACAAAAGCCGAAAAUCUCACUCUUAGCAUUGAAGACAAGUUCUUCCUAUUCAAUGUUAAGGGAGAAAAAGGUUUUUGAGUUAUUACGGGGUUGCGAAGGAAUUGUGCAAUGUUAUUAUUAUAAAUGCAUUGUUGAGAGAGGUUAUUUAAGUUAUAAUCUCUUCAUGGAGUAUGCCCCUCAUGGUUCUUUAGGCAAUUUAAUAAAGACAAAGUUAUUAUCCGACAAGGAAGUGAUAGUCUACACUCAGAUGCUUCUCAAGGGACUUUCUUGCAUGCAUGAAAAAGGAAUUGUUCAUUGUGAUCUUAAACCGGAUAACAUUCUCCUCUUUCCUUCAUGGGAUGAUCGUACAAAAUAUCAACUAAAGAUUUCUGAUUUUGGAUUGUCCAAGACUAGCGAAGAGGCAAAUGCUGAUUUAGGAGAGAUCAAGUUCAGAGGAACACCCUAUUACAUGUCACCGGAAUCAGUUAGAGGUUUUAAGGAAACACCUUUAGAUAUAUGGUCUCUGGGAUGUAUUGUUAUUGAGAUGAGCACUGGACUUCAACAAUGGUGGAACAUUCAAACCUCAGACCAAUUAUUGUGCAAGCUUGCAUUUUUCAAUGAAGCACCAAAGAUACCAGAUGAACUUAGUUACGAUUGCAAGGAUUUUUUGAAAAAAUGUUUCAUCAAUGAUCCUCAACAAAGAUGGACGGCUAAAAUGCUUCUAGAUCAUCCUUUUAUUCAAAAGGAAUAUCCAACAUCAUUGCCUACGUAUAAUCCUUCAAAUUAG